AGUUUAAACAGAUAAUCCGCGGAGCGGAUUAUUCAUAGAUAUCCGCGGGUUGCGGAUUAUUUCUGUGCAGCCAGCCUACUUACUCCGCAUGAGAUUGACAACAAACAUUCAAUAAAUCCCCAGGUAAUUGAGUACAUUCACUUUGUUGAGAUAUAAAUUUCUUUCAUUCUCUUCUUCUUCCUCAUGUUUAAAACAUCUUUGAAUAGAUUAUUCCAAACAUCUAAACACUUAAAUACCUUGAAUACAUCUCGAGCAAUGUCUUCGUCAAAUAGACCUUCGGGGUUAAUUGCCAAAUCUGGCAUCGAAAUCCUCACGGCGGGUACUCCAAAUGGUCACAAAGCAACAAUCCUUCUCGAGGAGCUCAAGGAAGCUUAUGGAAAGGAUUAUGUCUAUCAGGCCAUCAACAUUGGAGAGAAUAUCCAAAAAGAACCAUGGUUCACUAAGAUUUGUCCCAACGGUCGUAUUCCUGCCAUUGUGGAUCAUGACCGAAAUGAUUUUGCCGUUUUCGAAACUGCAGCUAUCUUGACUUAUAUGACCCGUCAUUACGAUCCCGAACAUAAAUUCAGUUUUACCGAUCCGGAUGAUAUUAGUCGUGCCGAACAAUGGAUUGCAUGGCAGUAAGUUGUCUUCAGAACUCUUUCUAUAUAUACACAUAGACUGAUGCGAAUUUAGACAUGGUGGUUUAGGUCCUAUGCAGGGGCAGGUAAGUCAAGGGACCACUUUCUUCUACUGAAUUCCAUGCUAAUAAACUCUAGUCAAACCAUUUCUACAGAUUCACCAAAGAACGCAUACCAUAUCCAACACAACGCUACGUCGGUGAAACUGAGAGAUUAUACGGAAUCCUCGACAGCCAUCUGAAAGAUCGUGACUACAUCGUCGGGCCAGGAAAAGGCAAAUACAGUAUUGUCGAUAUCGCCAGUUUUGGCUGGGUCAACGUUUCCUACUUGGCAGGUGUUGAUCUCGCUAAAUUUCCCAGCUUGGAGAAAUGGUGGGGGAGAAUUAAUGCUAGACCGGCUGUGAAAAAGGGAACGGCUAUUCCGAGUGAGAGUAAAUUUGGCAAUGAGUCUUUCCAGCGUAGACUUAAGGAAGAGCCGGAAUUCAAGGAGAGUGAGGAAAAGUUAACUGAUUUAGCUAAUAAGGCGAAGGAGCAGUAUGGUUAUAAAUAUGCAUCUCCAUGAUCUAAUUCGCGCCUUUAGAUUUUGCAUAGAUGGAAGACUCACGUCAGAGUGUCGUUAUAUCUAAUACGACUUUGAUUUGAGCACUCAUCAUUUGAGAUACUAGCAGCCAACAAAAUGAGAAAGCUUUUUGAACCAUCUUUUUUUUUUUUGAAAAACGUGAUCUACUCCAGCUACAUUCUCCACAGCACAAUGCCGAGUGGGUCACAAAGUCAGAUAUGCAACCUUUAUUCUCAAGCAGAUGCUCAGCGUGACACUAUCUC